GGGCUAUUGCGAGGACAGACAGCUGGUGCUCCAUUGGCAUGAAGUCUCCAGGGCCAGAAAGGGCCUUUGUCGCUUCCUCACAAGGCACAAGUUCCCCUUCUGCUUCCCCGAGAAAGGUUUGGUAGGGGUGGUGGUUUGGUGCCUAUAGAACAAGGCAUUUCGCUUCCUAGAUGGCGAAAUGAAAGCGGAAAAAAGGACACCUAAUCUUCUACAAAUGUUCUUUAGUAAAGGAACCGUGUCUAAGUGCUAAGAACUGCCCAAAGUAUAAAUUAUGAGCCGGAACGAGCAAACAGACGGAGUUUUAAAAGAUAAAUACGCAUUUUUUCCGCCGUAGCUCCCAGGCCAGCAUUCCUGUGGGAAGCAAGUGGAAACCCUAUAGCGCUCUCGCAGUUAGGAAGGAGGGGUGGGGCUGUCCCUGGAUUCGUUCUGGGUCUCUCCAGACAUAAUCCAGAGGGAGACAGUGGAUUCACUGCCCCCAGUGCUUCUACAACGGGAAGACAAAACAAAACAAAAAAACUUCGGGUUACCAUCGGGGAACAGGACCGGCGCCCAGGGCCAGCAGCCCAGAUCAAACGGCCCGCGUCUCGGCGCUGCGGCUCAGCCCGACACACUCCCGCGCAAGCGCAGCCGCCCCCUCCGUCCCCCCCGCCGGGGGCCCGCUGACUACCCUACACAGCCUCCGCCGCGCCCUCGGCGGGCUCAGGUGGCUGGGACGCGCCCCGGCCCAGGUGGCGGCCGGUCGCCCCGCCUCCCCGCCUGCCGGUGGGAGAAACCAUCUCCUCUGGCGGGGGUAGGGGCGGAGCCGGCGCCCGCCCACACCGGAAGAGGAAGUCUAAGCGCCAGAAGUGGCGGGGAUUCUGGGUAACGAGCUAUUUACUUCCUGCGGGUGCACAGGCUGUUGUCGUCUAUCUCCCUGUUGCUCUUCCUAUCGGCGAAGAUGGCCCUGGAGACGGUGCCGAAGGACCUGCGGCAUCUGCGGGCCUGUUUGCUGUGUUCGCUGGUCAAGACUAUAGACCAGUUUGAAUAUGAUGGUUGUGACAAUUGUGAUGCAUAUCUACAAAUGAAGGGUAACCGAGAGAUGGUAUAUGACUGCACCAGCUCUUCCUUUGAUGGAAUCAUUGCGAUGAUGAGUCCAGAGGACAGCUGGGUCUCCAAGUGGCAGCGAGUCAGUAACUUUAAGCCAGGUGUAUAUGCGGUGUCAGUCACUGGUCGCCUGCCCCAAGGAAUCGUGCGGGAGCUGAAAAGUCGAGGAGUGGCCUACAAAUCCAGAGACACAGCUAUUAAGACCUAGCAAGAUGCAGGGCUGCCAGCAUCUUUGCUCUCCACCUCCUGCCUCUGCUUAUUUCUUGUUCUGGAACUAAAUGAACAGAACUUCAAAUGAACAGAACCUCCAAUUCAGACUCAGCUGACUGUUGAGAGAGCAGCACAUCAUUUUAUCAUUUUAUCUUCUUUGGACUACAGGUGGGGUGGGAGGGAUUUGGAUUGGUGGAUUAACAGAUAGAAUUGAGGAGAGAGUAGGAUGCUGAUUUUCCUACCCGUGGCCCAGGUCUGUGCCUUCCCCAUGCCAAGGACUCUAGGUCAAAUGUCAAUAAAUACGAACCUCGAGAAAGUUCUGAAGGCCAUGACACCUGCCUUGCCUCCCUCUUCCAUUCUCUUAGGCACAGUGUAAUAGCUUAUUUGCCCUAUAAGAACCUUCCCAGAGCAGCAGAGGCCCUUCUACUCCCUCUUGGCUGUCUCAGCCUCUGAGAUUGCAGCCUUUCUAGUGUGCUUCCUUGCUUCCUAUCAGAAGGUGCUGAUCCAGAGGCUCAGUAACCCCAUCAACUUGGUGGCCCUGGUAUCUCGCACUUGUAUCCUUCUGCCCUCGAGACCUGGCACAGCAGUAUCCCUUGAAGAAAUCCUGAGGCUUUGUAGAGUGCUCCUUGACCAUGUUUAAUAAUUCUUCCUUCCCCUGCUUGUCUAUUUUCUUCUCUUCACUGCUCUUCCUAUACCUUAGGCCAGUCUUAAGCACUCACUGGAGACCCUUGGGCCUUGGGUGACCAUUGGGUCCUAGUCUCCCUUGUUUGUGCCCCUGUAGGAGGUAGGUCCUUUUCUCCUCCGGCCUAGUAGGGGACCUUGGGUAAUAUCCCAUUUUUCGGCCAAGGUGAGUUGUUUUAGGAUAAAAAAAUUUACCACAAAUUCUCAUUUAAAUUUCCAUAGAAAUCCUGUUAGUAUCCCCAUUUUGAUUUCCCUAAGUUCCUUGUUCGCCCUCUAAAAAGAGAAUGAUUACACCCUGCCUGUUUACCUCAGGAUUGUUGUGAUUGUAGAAACGAAGCUAUGUGAAAAUUAUAUAAGUAUUAUAAAGGUGACAUCCUUUUGCUCUC